UCGGACCUACAUCUCUCCUCUUACCCGGAGAGCAGCCAUGCACCUGAGCGCGUACGAGUCGUGCCAUUCCCUGCUGGUACUCUGCCUCCUCCUGAGGAGUUGCCAAGCCUUCAAGAACGACGCCACGGAGCUGCUGUUCUCGCACGUGAGCGCGCCGGCACCGGAGGUUCAGAGUAAUGUGACCCUGAACCGAGCACGGACCGGCGGGAGAGGAGCCGGCGGCGGGGUGCAGGACAGAGGCGAACGAAGCCAAAUCGGCUGUAGAGAGCUGAGAUCCACUAAGUACAUCUCUGAUGGCCACUGCACCAGCAUCAACCCCAUCAAGGAGCUGGUGUGUGCUGGUGAGUGCCUCCCAGCUCAAAUGCUUCAGAACUGGAUCGGCGGCACCCACGGCAGGAAGCUGUGGAGCCGCAGGAGCAGCAACCAGGACUGGCGGUGUGUCACAGACAAGACCCGCACCCAGCGCAUCCAGCUGCAGUGCCAGGAUGGCAGCACGAGAACGUACAAAAUCACCGUGGUCACCUCCUGCAAGUGCAAGAGAUACUCGAGGCAGCACAACGAGUCGGGGACCAAGUUCGAGGAGCCGGUGCUGUCGCCGCCGCAGCUCCUGCACAAGCACAAGUCCAAGAGCAAGAGGAGGCUGGGGAAGAACCGUCUGAGUGAGAACUGGCACGACACUGAACCCUGAGACUCUAAAUCCACAUAAAACUGCAGGAGUUCUGUCUCGGUGACAUUGAGACACAACGUCCAGAGCUUGUGGAUUAUCUCUGAAUGUGACUGGGACUUGUUAUUAGGUGAAGCUGGUUCCUCACUAUGAUGGAGAACUCAAAACAGCAUGCUAAGGACUCUUCUUUACAUUUCAAUCCGUGUGGUUAAAAAGAAAAAUGUGAACAGAACCGGGGUGUGCAGUCUGCAGAGCCUUCUGGAGCCCCAAAGCAACACACAUUGUCCCUGUUGUAGCCAUGUGCAUGUGUUUCUUUAGAUUAAUUUCAUAUGCAGAUGGAGAUCUGUAGUAAAGGCACCAACCAGUAAACACCAAACAUCUCAAACAAUCCUUUGUAAAUACUUGUACAUAUAUCAAAUUCUUACUUGCCUUUUGAAGUAUGGCCAUGUGUAUAAAAUGUUACUAUGUAAGAUUUAUGAUGUAUGAUGUAAUAUAUUUUCUGUGGCAACAUAUAAUAUGAUAAUAAGUUUUGCUUAAGUGUCAGCAGGUGGAUGAUAUGUGGAAAAGCUUUGCCAUCAGUCAGUCAUGUAAUAACUUUAUAUGAAAUAAAUAUCACUUUUUUUUAAA